CUAAUUUCGAACAACAACGUUCGCGUACAGAGUCAGAAAACAAAAACAAAAAAACAAAACGUCGCAGACAGCAAAAAAAUUGUGUAGUGCUAGUAGAAAAAACAAUAUUUGAAGUGCGCGCAAUAAAUAUUCGCAUUCAUAGCAUCAUUAGCAGCUGCAUCAGCAUCAGCAGCAACAAAAAUGGACCCCUUCAUUCAGCACAUGCUUGAAAAGGCGGAACAGCGCAGUCGCGCGCUCGGCAUCAGCAAACCCAGCAAAUUUCCUUUAACCGAGUGCAGCGUAGCAUCAUCUUCGGUGGCUCAAAAUUUGGAACCCACCAAGCCCAUGCCCAACAGGAGUCACUCGCCAGCAGGUCAAAGUAUCAGCAGCAGCAGUAGCAGCAGCGGCGGCGGCAAAGUUGUGAUCCUGGACAAGGCAAUGCUGGAGGCAUCGCCGACCAAGCCGCUGCGUCACUAUGCGGCCAUCAACAAAGAAAACAUGGCAAUGGGCAUCGAGACAAACAUAACAUCAGCCAAGGAAAUUGGGGUAAGUUUUGCCUCUACUCAGUCCUCAUUUCCCCGUGUUCACUCCCGUGCCCUAGUCUUUGUCUCGGUGCUAUUUGUUUUGGUGGUGUCCUUUAUCAUUGAGUUUCCUCUUUGUGCUUCGCUGUUUCACACAUAUGUAUGUACAUUCCACUAGGUGCAAGUUGAAAUUCAAGAGCAAGA